GAGGCCGCAAGGCUCCGAAUAAGUGACUAUGUUCAGUUCAAAUUCCUGGACGCUCGCUUUUUGAAACGAGAACUUGUUGCUUGCCUGGAGAAUGUCCAAGUCCAGAGUUCAGAGCCACCAGCAUGGCAUAGAUCAGUCUCUGAUGGCUGCUAGGAACCUGAAGGUUGUACCGGUCGGCGCAUGGGUAGAAGGGGGCCCGCAGCAGCCUGCUGCACCGACGUAUGACCCUAUGCUUGCGGCAGUUUAUGAAGAAGAGAGACUUCAACGACUUACCAGAGAGAAAGAAGCGAGGCUUAAACAGUUCCAGAGGGAGGUACGGAGAAGGGUACAAGAGCUGAGGGUCCAGAAGAUGGAACAGCAGCUACAAGAAAACUCGCGAGUGGCAGACUCUGAGAGGAACAUGGUGUACCAGACUGUUCUGGCUGCAGAGAGGGUGACUCCAAAGAAAGACCGGCGUCCGUUCCGCCACAACCAGAACCUGGCACCGCCCUCUCCCCACAGCAUCGCGCCUGGCAUCAACAGGAACACUACCCAUGCUGGGGAAAAGCACGAGGACCAGUUUGAGAUCCACUGCCAUCAAGUGAGACGGGGUACCAGACAGGCGAGGAGGAACCUUGCCGGCAGACAGGUGGUGCAGAAGGAGAAUUUUGGGGAUGACUAUGAUGUCCCAGCUGGUAUGUGGGGGGCAUCAUCCACCAGAGAUCACCAAUCCCAAUAUUCCCAAGAAGUGCCUGAGGUGAUAGAACUAGAGGAUGAACAGGAUACAUACAGGCAUCCAGAUAUUCAUGCAGAGGACAGCCAUGUGCUUGAAGGACAUUAUUCCAAACAACCUUCCUCUUCAGUCCUUGAUGUCAGACCUGGUUUAGCUGCUCUACAGACACAGCAGCAGAAGCAGAGUAGGUACUGGAUGUCGAGACGGCUGUUCAUGGACAUCGAGCGCCACCAGGUGAAGGAGCGGGCCCAGCAGGAGCAGCACAGGAGGAGGAUCAACAGAAUCAAAGAGAAGACGGAGUCUGCCCGUCGGGAGGAGGAGGCGAUCCUUGCUGUAACCCUGGCCCAGGAACAGGCAUCGUCUGAGACAACACAACGUCUGAGUCCUGACAGAAGUACCUCAUCACUGGAGGACAGCAGGAGGGAACAGAGACACAAGGAACUGGACAGAUAUGUGGAGGCGCUGCGAGCCAGGCUGUGUGAGAAGGUGGAACAACAGAACAUCAGGGUUCCUCCACUGUGCUCAUGUGGCCCCACUGUGUGGGACACCAACCCCAACACAUGUGCUAACAACUGUAUGUUCUAUAGGAACCCAAAAGCCUAUGCCAAGGCCCUGCAGUCCCUGCUGGCAUCCUGCGAUGUGUUGUGAAGAUAACGACAGGAAGAAAAGACCAGAUGAAAACCAAACUAUGUAUAUUUGUGCUGAAUUUCUGUAUGAAGAAAAUAGAAACUAUAAUUUUACAAGUCGCUUUAUUAUCCAUUUUGAUGGUUGACUGUGUAAGAUGAUAGGGCAGUGUAUAUUUAUGUAACAUAAAUGAUAGAGUGAGCCAUAUUACAGGUAUGAUGAAUUGAUAAAUAUCUAUCUAGUGAAUGACCUCACUUGAACCCAAGAACUAAACUUAACUGUCUUUAGUGAUGUUUUGUUUGAUUUGAGAAACUUGCCAAUAAACCAACUACAUUCUUUU